AUGUGCAUCUUCGGGAGAAAUACCGACAGCAACUUUUUAGUAUCAGUCAUACUUUGUUACCAUGCGAAUAUGCGUGGUUUUCUGCGUGACGGCGAAAAGGCAGCAUUUACAUGAUGGCGUCCACACUGUCGUUCCCAUGGUGACACCUGAAAACUUAAGGAGCAAACUUUGAGCCCUGAAGCAGGAGUUUUAUCCAGAGGCGUCUUAUCAGCUUUAUUACAGCGGGCGCUGGCGGCACCAUGGCUCCGACAUGGGCUGUCGUGUUCAGCCUUUACUUCGGCUUGGCGACAUGUUACUUUUCGAUACCGCUGAAGAUCUUCCCGGGGAGGUUCAACCUCUCCGCGGAUGCGGUGAGCCCUGCCCGGGUCGUGUCUCUGCAGCGGGACGGGAGCGGGCUGUCGCUGGCCUCGGACCCCGGCGGGACGGUCAACUUCCUGGACAUGGUGGGAAACCUGCAGGGAGACUCCGGCCGGGGAUACUACAUCCAGAUGAACCUGGGGACUCCCGGGCAACAGCUAAACAUCCUGGUGGAUACAGGCAGCAGUAACUUUGCCGUGGCUGCAGCUCAACACCCGUUCAUUACCCAUUACUUCAACACUGAACUCUCCAGCACCUAUCAGUCCGUUGGCCGCGCUGUAGCUGUCAGGUACACACAAGGCAACUGGGAAGGAGAGCUGAGCAUCGACAGGGUCUCCAUCCCCAAGGGCCCAAAUGGGACCAUCACAAUUAACAUCGCUGCCAUCCUGUCAUCUGAUGGCUUCUUCCUUCCUGGAAUCAACUGGCAGGGCAUCCUGGGCCUGGCCUACCCUGCACUGGCACGCCCUGACUCCUCUGUGGAGCCCUUCUUCAACUCUGUGGUGAAGCAGCUGGGAAUUCCAGACAUCUUCUCCCUCCAGAUGUGUGGAGCUGGUCUCUCAGCCAGCAACGUAGCUGAUCCUCCAGGGGGCAGCCUUGUAUUGGGUGGUGCUGAACCAACUCUGUACCAAGGCCCAAUGUGGUACACCCCAAUAUUAGAGGAGUGGUACUACCAAGUGGAAGUUUUGAAGCUGGAGGUUGGAGAUCAGAAUCUGAAUCUGGACUGCAGAGAGUAUAACAUGGAUAAAGCGAUUGUUGACAGUGGGACAACACUGCUUCGACUCCCCGUCAAUGUCUUCAAUGCGGUGGUAGAAGCCAUCACACGCAGCUCUCUGAUCCAAGAUUUUUCUUCAGGCUUCUGGGAUGGCACCAAGCUUGCAUGCUGGAUGAAAGGAGAGACACCUUGGCAAUUCUUCCCCGAACUGUCCAUCUACCUAAGAGCCACCAACACCAGCCAGUCCUUCCGCAUUACCAUCUUGCCUCAAAUGUACAUCCAGCCAAUCACAGAAGUGGAAGGCGCGUUGGAUUGCUUUCGUUUUGGAGUGUCUUCAUCAGCUAACGGCCUGGUGAUUGGUGCCACUGUCAUGGAAGGCUUCUACGUGGUGUUUGACCGAGCUCAGCAGAGACUGGGCUUUGCUCUCAGCAGCUGUGCAGUGAAUGGUGGAGUCGCUCUGUCGGAGAUCGCAGGACCCUUCUCAGCAGCAGACGUGGCAGCAGAUUGCUCCAGUGGGAUUUUGAAGGAGCCUCUUCUGUGGGUGAUCUCCUACACCCUGAUGGCAGUGUGUGCAGUGGUCCUCAUAAUCCUGCUGUUCCUGCUCCUGCUACCCUGCAGAUGGAGAAACCGCUCCGGGGAGAUCACAGACGAGUCCUCGCUGGUCAGACACCGCAUCAAGUGACUGAGAGGGGUGGGACGGGUGAGCACGGUGAACGGACAGAGGCGCGGUGAGCUGAGCGCAUCCACAGAGGUGGAGAAAGGGCUGAGGGUCAGCCCACACCAUUUGACAGCGCUCGGCUCUGAAUGUCCGACUGACUUAAGACUGCAUUCAUCAGCUUGGCCCGUGACGACAGACAAGGAGGCGGAACAACUGCCUCUUAAAGGGAAGAUCCAACCCCAAAACACUUCUUAAAACAGCUCUUAGAGGUGAAUGCAUGCUCCCAUUUCUUGCUUGGUGGUGUUAAUUUCCCCUCCUUAUUCAUUAUUUUAUGAAUGCAUCAUAUAUAUAUAUAUAUAUAUAUAUAUAUAUAUAUAUAUAUAUAUAUAUAAUAUAUAUAUAUGAUGCAUUCAUACAGAUUAGAAGGUACGAUUCGCCAGUUGAUCAAAGCACUCGUGUGUUAAAGUGUCUGUAAGCUUUUUGGUUAAGGCUGUGACAUUUCUUUUGUCAACAGUAUCCCCCUCCUUUCCUACGUCCUCCUAUAAGUAGUUGUUGAGGGAAGUCUAUUAAGCUCAGGCUUAUUGUCGAGGGCUGUAAAAAUGUACUCUGCGAAAUCUAGCACAUCACUUGCACAAGAAAGUAGACCAAACUAUGCAAAAUAAUCACUAAAUAACAAUAUGUACUUGACAUACACCAGCAAAGACUAUUGUUUAACAAUCAAAGAAGAACAGAUGGGGAGCAUGUGUACGUGUACUACUGUUUCAAAGGGCACACAGCAAUGUAAGAUGUGCCUUUGAGAGUUGAUAGAAAACCGUUGGGAACCAACGGAUCUCUUUCUUUCUUUUUUUUAGUGUUUUAAAUUCUUUGCCAAUCAGAUUGUUGGACCUUCUUGUAUUAUGAAGCUUCUGACUUCUGUGGAUCCACAUUACUGUUUGUGCCAAGUUGAGGAGUAAAGCUGCUCAGAAAACCACUGUUAAAUGUAAAUAUCAGCUAAGUUAGAAACUCUGGCUGUGCCUGUAGUGCCUUCUAGUCUUGGCUAACUGCUAAGAAAAAACUGAUCAACACUAUCAGCAGGUUGAAACUUAAAACUGCUGAAUUGCACUUUGUUUCUAAAGUCAAUCAAAAGUGUAAUAUAAGCAAAAGAUCAAUAUUUCUGUCUGUUAUGCAAAUAGUUGUAUUAAUGUAAUUUUUUCAAAAUCUGUAUACAUUCUGCCUUAUAUUUAAAUCUCUUUGAAUCUGCAUGCUAUUAUUCCAAAUGCCUUUUUAGCGUAAUGUUCAGAGGUAUUGAUAUACUGCACAUUUUAUACAAAACAAACAGGAAGUUAACUGUCGUGUGAAACUGACAAGCAUGUUGGCUGUUAACAAAAAUGAUCGAACACUAUGUUGCAGUCUGUUGACACAAAUGGCAAUUUGUGGUUUACAGCGAGUUACAGUAAACGCAACACAAAAUAGGCUCCAUCCCCGGACGGCCGGCGGGAGACGUGCUGGCAGCACUACGAGCUGCACAUCAGCACGUCUGUAGGAACCUACAUUUGAAGUUGUACAUUUGUUUAUUUGAAGGUACACUUGAACGUUCACUUGUGUAUAGCUUUAUUUUUUUUCUGUGCCAAAUUUGACUUGUGCUGUAAAUAAAAACAAACAAAAACAACUUGUGACAAAUCAAAUACAUACAUUUUAAAUUCAUAAAUAUUUCCUGACCCAUCAGGACAAAC